UUGUUUAUAACACGUCUCAGCUUUAGCGACAGUUUAGUUCGCGUUAGUAAUUUAAUUAUGGAGGAAAGUUGUUCGUGAAAGUUGUGCUGUUUUGUCGGGUCCACAGGUUUUGUUCAAUGAUGGAAAAUUAUUCACCAGCGUUAUGUAGAAUUAUUUAUCUGCUGCUGUUGCUUAUUGUCACACAACGCGUCGAGAAUACAAGUAUUGGGGGAUAUAUCACUGUCGACACCACUCUAUCACUGAACGGGUCAGCUUAUGUUGUAUAUCAAGACCUUGUUAUAGCUGGGAACGCCACUUUAACUAUAGAACCAGGAGUUCAGUUGCACUUUAAAGCUGGAGUUGCUUUACAAGUUAAAGGCUCUCUGCAAGCAAACGGAAACUCGAAUGGCAGAAUCGUCUUCAGCAAAAUACCAACAAACAGUUCAGUAAAUGUGGACGAAUUGAACGUUACGGCGCCUUAUAAUAAUGGAAGUCGCCUUGUUGGCGGGAAAAAUUAUCGAGUUGGUCGCCUCGAGAUUUUUCUAAGAGGUCAAUGGGGAACUGUGUGUCAUGACUCGUUUGAUAUCAACGAUGCUCGGGUUGCUUGCAGACAGCUGGGUUUCUUGGGAGUCAAAAGGUACUACACACACGGCAGGGGAACCGGGCCUACUUGGUUGGACAAGGUAGACUGCAAGGGGACUGAGGAGAGUUUGCUGGAUUGCAAACAUCCGGGAAUCGGAGUUGAAAAUUGUGCUCAUUCUGAGGAUAUUGGAAUAGAAUGUCACAGCUUAGCAAAGUUACUAUCAAGCAAAGUUUACUGGAUGGGAAUAGAUUUUUCCAGCACACAAAAGACUUCAUCUCUUCAAUAUGUGGACGUGUUCCAGGCCUAUGAAGCCAUCAAGGGUGGGGAAUACCUACCAGACCUUGACCAUGUGACAGUAAAAAGCGCUGUAUAUGGAGUGAGAUCUGACAAAAUCAAUUCUCCACUGACCAUAAGUGACAGCAGCAUCAGAGACAACCAAUACGCAGGAAUCCAGAUUAAAGGCAAAUCAAAGGUACUGACGAUUCAGAACACGUCAGUGCGCAACACAACAAGUGGAGAUGGGCUGUCCUAUGGCCAAAUAAUUCCUGAUCCAGUGGAUUUUUGCUCUGUAGAUGUGAAUGCUACCAUAUUUCCGAUCAAUUUGCAGGCCUUUGGCAAAGCAAGAACAAAUGUUGAAUGUACCAAGAUUGUUAGAACUCAGCCAGGAAGACAUCUGGUCGUGCAUUAUCAAUUCAUAACUGGCGAAACGUUUGAGCUCCAUGUGCAUGACGGGGCCACGAUCAAUGGCGCUCGACUCACGCUCGUAAACCAAUGGACAGGUGUCAAUCAGGCUGUCAUGCCAUCCUCAAGCUCUGGUCACGAACUCUACAUAAAGUUUCGAUUCAGUGCGGGAUACAAAGAUACAAGACUAAAAUUCCUGAUCACGGAUGAUCAAGAUGUUUCCUCUCUCGUGAUAGCCAACAGCACGUUUAAUGAUAAUCAUGGGAAAGGCGUAUCCUUAAAAGACUUUACAGGAAAGCUGACGAUUUCCUCAACUGAGGUCUUUCGGAAUAAAGGAGAAGGCAUGACUGCUCAACGUAUUUCUGGAGAAAUAGCAGCUACUAGCGCUCGCUUUAUUAACAAUAGCGCCAACGGUCUCGCAAUCCUUGAUAGCAGUUUCAUAUCAUGUAGUAUUCACGGACUGUCUACCAAAGGAAAUGUACGUAAUGGAGUAUAUUUUCAGCGUGUUGCAUUUAGAAGUAACGUUUCGGACUCUGUAUUCGAUAGUAACGAACUCCAAGGAUUUGCGAUUACUAAUGGAGCCGGUGAAAUUCACUUCCGAAAUAUCAGUGCGGUUUUGAACACAUACAGCGGGGUUCGAAUUUACGAUGGCAAAGUGUCGUCUUACUUCGAAUCUUCAAAUUUGUCCAACAACAGAGAAGACGGUUGCUGCAUAUCAAACCAAGUUGGAUCUCAUCAGUUCUUUAACUGCACGGCAAAUUCAAAUCUGAGGCACGGACUUAGCUUAUUUGACGUGAGAACUACCGAUCAGUACGCUCCACCAAGGCACCAGUUUACGCAUUUUAGUUUGGAAGAGAACACAAUAACUGACAAUAGUCAAUAUGGAGUCAAACUAGGCCCGGAGUGUCAGUAUUGGAGUGAUUCAGUCGUCAACGUUACUAUGGCAAUCAGCAAGAACCAGAUUGCACGCAACAACAAAGCAGGCAUCUUCUUGUCCCCAGACUCCUGCUGGUGGAGCUCUUCCUCGUUGAGACCGAGAAGACUGGAAACUAUUGUUACUAACAACUAUUUUGAACAGAACAAAGGGAAUGCAUUUUACGUUUACUGCACUGGUUUUCUUGGCUUGGAUGCUGUUAUCGAGUCAAACACCUUCAUGAACAACACGGAUAAAGUACUGACUUUGUUGGACAAUAACAACUGUGGCGCAAACUACAAAAGUAACCUUGUUAACGUGAAAAUAGACAAAAACAUCUUCAUGAAGAACCGCGCUGAGAACGUUUUAUAUAUCGACUACAGUUCGUUUCCCGAAACGCGUCAUGCCAUCGUGAGAAACAAUACUUUUGAAGACAACGAGGUCGCCCCAAAAGACCUUUUUCCAACAUUUUUUCGAAGGUCUACAACUCGGGCAGUUAUUGUUCUUAAAGAAGGUACUUUCAAUUUGCGUGAAAACAUCUUAGAAAAUGCCGGCUUUGCUUUCCAGCUCUCUACUCUACGUCAUGCUCACCGACGAGUUAUUGAUGCUGAAUUCAACUGGUGGGGAACGGCAAAGGAAUGCGAAAUCGUGGACAGAAUCUUUGACUUCCAACACAGAGUACAACUGUCUCCAGUGGAUUUCUUCCCUUACCUUCUAUCUUCGAUAAAGACGAGAGCCAUUAAUUCAAGCAUAGCAAGAUCAUUCUGCUUUUUCAAAGGUGCAAGUAUCGGUGGAAUUCUAGAUAGACCACUGGCCUUAUCAAGCGCUGUCUCAUCUUACCAAGUUCGGGAUGACAUCAUCAUCCUUACUAAUGGAUCGUUGUCCAUUCCAAAAAAUGUGACGCUACAGUUUCCUUCCAGGUCAGCAAUAGUUGUACAUGGAAGGCUUCUUGCCGAUGGAACAGAAAACGAAAAAGUGAGGCUUAUCAAGAAACUUCACCAAGGAAGAUUCCGUUUGGGUGGGGGGCCUGGGCCGUGGGAGGGUAGAGUGGAAUUUUUAGUCAGUGAUACCUGGUGGCCGAUGUGUUUGCCAUACUGGACAUCGUUCACCAACGAAGGUAAAAUCAUUUGCCAACAACUCGAUCUCUACUAUCAUACCUACAGGGUACAUUUCCCUCCUGCAGAGGGACCUGGAUUCGUCCACAAUGUUCGUUGUGACCCGAACGUCGAUGGGGAUAUAAUGAACUGCAGUGCAAAUACCUGGAGUUAUGGACCAAAGUGUUCGGGAUAUACGACAUUCGUCUACUGCCAGCAUUACAACUGGGCGGGACUUCAUCUGGCGAUGACAAACCAUAAAAGUUCAUUGAAACACCUGGAAAUCCACGAUGCUGGCUACGCCUAUCGCAGUGAUAUCCAGAUUCCUGGCGCAGCUCUCAAGGUCGAUCUGUUUCACCACAAUAUAAGCAAUAUUUUCAUAAACAAUUCAGUGGGUAUUGGCAUGCAAGUGGUAUAUCAAAGCGUGUUCCACAACCAGUCGUUGAUGCCGCAUUCUGCUGUAUCAAACACUAAAUCUCACGGUGUCCUCUCACGGUCUCCUUCGCUUGCACUUACAGACGUAAACUUGACGAGAAACGACGUCAAUGGUUUCAUUUAUGAAAGUACCUGGGAUAAAAUAAACACGUUCACUGCUGAAAUGGCCAGCCUUGAUGUGUACAAGACUUUCCACGUUUGCUCAGGGAAAAGAACGUUUCUGGCUGGGGACAAAGUAUUCCACUUCACCUUGGAGAAAUUGGAAUAUAGCUCGGACCUGAGGUGUCAACACCUCAUGGAAACAGAGCCAGGUUAUAAACUUGUUAUUCAGGAUCUGUAUUACAUAUCUUCGUACAGCUACAGCCAUUUCGCGCAUGUGUAUGACGGUGCAAGUACAUCAGUUGGUUCGCCAUGGAAGAUGGAAUCUUUACAAUGGAAGGAUCGUCCUGCCUUCAUCUCGACCAAAUCAUCAAUUGUGUUUGAUCUCUACAAGCGCAACAGCAUAAAUCUUGCGAUCAACUUUUUGGUAUAUACAGUAAGAGAGAGUGAGCAACUUAAUUACUUCGGUGGAGAAAUCAGUAUAUCUCAAUCGAAGAUUACCAACAGCCAAAAAGGAAGUAUCCUGAUUGGAGGAAACGAGUUGAAAUCUCUCAGUAUUACUGAAACGGACAUUACCAACUCCAAGGAAUUCGGAAUAAAACUUAUGCCUCGUGGCAUCGAGGAAGUUAAACUCACCUCAUUAGCUCUUGAACAAAACAAGCAAGGAAUUGUAGUAAAUCCCAUGUACUCAGGUUCGAAAGAAUUUACGAUUGAGAACUGUGCAAUCAAUGGAUCACAGCAUCAAGGCAUGUAUAUCUACUCGGACGUCAAGAGCACAAUCCGCAUUUUAAACUCAACUGUCACGAACGGUGAGGGCCGGGGUCUCCAUAUCGAAGGACAUUAUCGACAAAUGGAUUUGAGCUUGUUCGUCAGUGGCAGUACAUUCGCUUGGAACGAGAAGGGAGCCAUAAGCUGCAGCAACAAUUAUAGAAACGUACCUGUCACCAUGCGAUUCGAGUCGAACAACUUCUUUCGCAACCAGGGACCCACUGUUGAAAUCCUCUCUGGAACUGAAAGAGUAAGGUGGGUGUUCCUCAAUAACACUUUCAGUGAAAACCGAGGCUUUUCUGUCAUCACCACGGGAACUUACUAUUUCUAUGGUUCGCAGUACAGACCAAACGUGAUUGUCAGUGGCAAUAGGUUCUUGACCAAUCAGUGUCCAGAUAAGGCAGUGAUUGACAUUCGCAGGGAAAACAAAGGGAAUGCAUUUUACGUUUACUGCACUGGUUUUCUUGGCUUGGAUGCUGUUAUCGAGUCAAACACCUUCAUGAACAACACGGAUAAAGUACUGACUUUGUUGGACAAUAACAACUGUGGCGCAAACUACAAAAGUAACCUUGUUAACGUGAAAAUAGACAAAAACAUCUUCAUGAAGAACCGCGCUGAGAACGUUUUAUAUAUCGACUACAGUUCGUUUCCCGAAACGCGUCAUGCCAUCGUGAGAAACAAUACUUUUGAAGACAACGAGGUCGCCCCAAAAGACCUUUUUCCAACAUUUUUUCGAAGGUCUACAACUCGGGCAGUUAUUGUUCUUAAAGAAGGUACUUUCAAUUUGCGUGAAAACAUCUUAGAAAAUGCCGGCUUUGCUUUCCAGCUCUCUACUCUACGUCAUGCUCACCGACGAGUUAUUGAUGCUGAAUUCAACUGGUGGGGAACGGCAAAGGAAUGCGAAAUCGUGGACAGAAUCUUUGACUUCCAACACAGAGUACAACUGUCUCCAGUGGAUUUCUUCCCUUACCUUCUAUCUUCGAUAAAGACGAGAGCCAUUAAUUCAAGCAUAGCAAGAUCAUUCUGCUUUUUCAAAGGUGCAAGUAUCGGUGGAAUUCUAGAUAGACCACUGGCCUUAUCAAGCGCUGUCUCAUCUUACCAAGUUCGGGAUGACAUCAUCAUCCUUACUAAUGGAUCGUUGUCCAUUCCAAAAAAUGUGACGCUACAGUUUCCUUCCAGGUCAGCAAUAGUUGUACAUGGAAGGCUUCUUGCCGAUGGAACAGAAAACGAAAAAGUGAGGCUUAUCAAGAAACUUCACCAAGGAAGAUUCCGUUUGGGUGGGGGGCCUGGGCCGUGGGAGGGUAGAGUGGAAUUUUUAGUCAGUGAUACCUGGUGGCCGAUGUGUUUGCCAUACUGGACAUCGUUCACCAACGAAGGUAAAAUCAUUUGCCAACAACUCGAUCUCUACUAUCAUACCUACAGGGUACAUUUCCCUCCUGCAGAGGGACCUGGAUUCGUCCACAAUGUUCGUUGUGACCCGAACGUCGAUGGGGAUAUAAUGAACUGCAGUGCAAAUACCUGGAGUUAUGGACCAAAGUGUUCGGGAUAUACGACAUUCGUCUACUGCCAGCAUUACAACUGGGCGGGACUUCAUCUGGCGAUGACAAACCAUAAAAGUUCAUUGAAACACCUGGAAAUCCACGAUGCUGGCUACGCCUAUCGCAGUGAUAUCCAGAUUCCUGGCGCAGCUCUCAAGGUCGAUCUGUUUCACCACAAUAUAAGCAAUAUUUUCAUAAACAAUUCAGUGGGUAUUGGCAUGCAAGUGGUAUAUCAAAGCGUGUUCCACAACCAGUCGUUGAUGCCGCAUUCUGCUGUAUCAAACACUAAAUCUCACGGUGUCCUGUCACGGUCUCCUUCGCUUGCACUUACGGACGUAAACUUGACGAGAAACGACGUCAAUGGUUUCAUUUAUGAAAGUACCUGGGAUGAAAUAAACACGUUCACUGCUGAAAUGGCCAGCCUUGAUGUGUACAAGACUUUCCACGUUUGCUCAGGGAACAAAACGUUUCUGGCUGGAGACAAAGUAUUCCAUUUCACCUUGGAGAAAUUGGAAUAUAGCUCGGAACUGAGGUGUCAGCACCUCAUGGAAACAGAGCCAGGUUAUAAACUCGUUAUUCAGGAUCUAUAUUACUUAUUUCCGUACAGCUACAGCGGCCAUUUCGCGCAUGUGUAUGACGGUGCAAAUACAUCAGUUGGUUCACCAUGGAAGAUGGAAUCUUUACAAUGGAAGGAUCGUCCUACCUUCAACUCGACCAAAUCAUCAAUCGUGUUUGAUCUCUACAAGCGCAACAGCAGAAAUCUUGCCAUCAACUUUUUGGUAUAUACAGUGAGAGAGAAUGAGCAACUUAAUUACCUCGGUGGAGAAAUCAGCAUAUCUCGAACGAAGAUUACCAACAGCCAAAAAGGAAGUAUCCUGAUUAGAGGAAACGAGUUGAAAUCUCUCAGUAUUACUGAGACGGACAUUACCAACUCCAAGGAAUUCGGGAUCAAACUUAUGCCGCGUGGCAUCGAGGAAGUUAAAUUUACCUCAUUAACUCUUGAACAGAACAAGCAAGGAAUUGUAGUAAAUCCCAUGUACUCAGGUUCGAAAGAAUUUACGAUUGAGAACUGUGCAAUCAAUGGAUCACAGCGCCAGGGUAUGUUCAUCUACUCGGACACCAAGAGCACAAUUCGCAUUUUAAACUCAACUUUCACGAACGGUGAGGACCGGGGUCUCCAUAUCGAAGGGCAUUAUCGACAAAUGCAUUUGAGCUUGUUCGUCAUUGGCAGUACAUUCGCUUGGAACAAGAAGGGGGCUGUUAGCUGCAGCAACAAUUAUGGAAUCGUACCUGUCACCAUGCAGUUUGAGUUGAACAAUUUCUUUCGCAACCAGGGACCCACUGUUGAAAUCCUGUCUGGAACUGAAAGAGUAAGGUGGGUGUUCCUCAAUAACACUUUCAGUGAAAACCGAGGCUUUUCUGUCAUCACCAUGGGAAGUUACUAUUUCUAUGGUUCGCAGUACAGACCAAACGUGAUUGUCAGUGGCAAUAGGUUCUUGACCAAUCAGUGUCCAGAUAAGGCAGUGAUUGACAUUCGCAGGGAAGCAAGUAGUUUUAUUAUAGAAAACAACGAUUUCGAGUUCAAUUCAGGGCGCUGUGUGCUUCUUGAAGGUACAGCUUCAUAUGUUCCUAUUUCCAUAGCAGAUAACGUGUUUAACGAGAAUGAUUGCGGGGAUAGGAGUGUGGUAGAAGCCCUGCGCUUGGACCAACAAGCUAAGUUUGCAAACAACACUUUCACCCAAAACAGGGCUAGUAGUGUUUUCCUGCUUCAAGUCGUACAUAACCACCAACCAACUGCUCAGAAGGAAGAGUUGACCUUCAAAAACAACACUCUAUCCGAAAACAUUCCUCAUAACUCAGCACAGUUGUCAGCUGCAGGGGAUUCAUGCGCUGUGAUCAUUUCCGGCAUGUUGUAUCACAAAGAAACAGAAUUCCGCUUUAACAAAUUUAAUAACUCCAAAUACCUGAGGGAGCUUUGUGUCUUGAUUCCUGCCAUUUCUCCGCGUGACAUUGUGAGCGUGACACAUAACUGGUGGGGAACUGCAGUCGGAAGUCAAGUGCGUGACAGGAUAAGAGACUUUGAUGACAAUUACGAUUUCGCUAUCGCCGAUGAUUGGCCUUUCCUUCUAAGUAAUGACGACCCAACUUCAACUGUGGUUGAACAGCACGAUUUUAAUCAGCAUGGAAGCCUCCUUUCAGGAAGACUGUUCGAGUCCAUAACACUGAAACGUUCUCAGAGCCCGUAUAGCGUGGCAUCAGAUUUGACUGUUCUAUUUAACGUCACACUAACCGUAGAGGCAGGUGUCACGGUUAAAGUAAGCCCUGGAAUGAGCAUACUUGUUGCUGGGGCGCUAAAAGCUCACGGAACACUUGAAAUGCCAAUUAUCUUCACAGUAAACGGACCUGCAAACAGUAAUAACGAUUCACAUUUACCUGUGAGACUUGCGGAUGGAGAGUUUCCAUGGGAGGGGAGGGCAGAAGUGCUUCACGAGGGUUCUUGGAAACCAGUGUCUCCUUCUGGCAGUACCCCUUUGAGGAACAUCACAGAAGUUGCAUGCAGACAGCUUGGAUAUGGUCCACCAAAUGUUACCAAGGAGAACUCAGAUGUCUUCAGACGAAAUUUAAACGACACUUGGCUAAUGGAAUUACAUUGCUAUGGCAACGAGACAUUUCUACACGAAUGCCUCUAUAAGCAGCGAGCGUUCAACUAUAGCAGUGCCUUUGCGGUUGUGAAAUGUCAAGGUGCACCCUGGGGAAAUGUUCGUUUUAUAUCCCCCAGAGAUGCGAACGGGUCCCAUGCGCAGUCCAUAUUGGAUCACGUGGAGUUUUCACACUGUGGUUAUCGCCAUGGAAUGGCUGUCCCAGCAGUAGAAGCGGUAAUCAAUGUGCCAAAAUUGGAAUCCGUCACGAUUAGAAAUUGUACAUCCGGGGGCUUACGAAUUCACUUCCCAGGAACUGAUGUACAUCUAAAUAACAGCAAGUUUGUUAACAGUGCAGAAUCCGGAAUAACCUUUUUACAAACACACCGCAACAUUCUGGUGGAGAGUUCGGAAUCAUCAGGAAACCAAAGAGGUAUUUCCUUUGAGGAAGGAAAUGCAGAAAACCUCCCUCGAGUCCAUUAUGGACGAGCAUUUCUAUGCAAUGCGGAAAAGGUUGUCAAUGUUACGAAUCAAGCACUUCUUUAUUUCGACAUCCCGAGGCUGCAGAACACAAUGGCGACGGACAAUUGUGAGAAAGUUUUAACCGUACCCAAGGGUCAAGGAAUCAAGUUGACCCUGUUAUACUUCAAGGGUUCUCAGAGGUUGAUGGUCUAUGACUCCACCCACACUGUCAAUUUGAUCGUGGACAGGUCAAACAAUGACAUAACAGCUCUUGUUCAUAAAGAGUUAUUUAUCCCACAUGAUAUAAUUUUGCUGAAGUGGAAUGGUGACGUGGACUCUAAAGUGGUUAUUCAAGUGGAGGACAUAAAUAUUAGUGAUGCGCCUUGUACCUUCGAGCUGGACUUUUGUGGCUGGGAGACAUUUGACAACAUGACCAUCAAUGGCCUCCAAGUCACGAGAACAUGGAGAAUAGCUCGGCAUACAUGGCCAGAUGCCGCAAAUGACUAUUCUUACUUUUAUUCAAACGGAAAACGUCUUUUGAUCGGUAAUGACCAGUGGCCAACAGUUGACGGGCGUGCAGCGAUCAUCAGCCCUCCAAUCACCAAACUGUCCAAGUUAUGCUCUCUUGUGUUCUUCUACCGCGUGGUAAAACAAGGAAGAGCUGGACUGUCACUCUACAUACAAACAGGAACGUAUCCCAACAUUGAACAGAAGUUAAUCUGGGAAGGAAAAAAUAUCGAGGUAUCAAGUUGGAGAAAAGUGAUUGUUGAACUUCCUAAUGACGUCGAUGAGUAUAGACUGCUGUUCGAAGGCGAAUAUAACAAGACUACAAACUAUUGGACGAGAAACUUUGUGACUAUUGACAAUUUAGAACUACGAAGCUGUUAUCAAAAAGAACACCGCAUUUUCAACAGUGUACUCAGUAACAACAUCCACCAAGCAAUAAGCUACAUGUCUGUGUCCGAUGGAAGCGAUAAGCGACCUUGCUUUACCACCGAACGUUGUAAAAUCACUGACACACCUGCAUCUCCAUUAAACGUGCCUCAAAAGAGCGCUAUUUUCUUGGAAAUCCAAGACAAUAAUUUUACGCUCACCAACAACUUCAUCUCUGACAACCGUUUGGGUGGAAUUCAAGCGCAAUUGGGACGAAGCAACGGAACAAGCUUACCAAGAAGCUUAAUAUACGGCAAUACGUUCAUCAGUAAUGCAAACGGUACGGUACUCAUAGAAGAAAGGAAAGAAGUGAAACCCAAUAACAGCUUUGUUUACAUUGUGGACAACGCGUUUGGAAGUAACAAAGGUCAUGGUAGCACCAUUAAGCUUUCUGAAACGCAGAGUGAAAUCGUCAACAACGUUUUCUACAACAACUCAGGAUUACACUCCAUUGAGUACGACUUUUCCAGUGUUUGGUCCAAAGAACAGAAGUGCGAGUUAAACACCUUCUAUCUUAACAAAGGUCUUGGCGAAAACUACGGUAUAACUAUCGUGUCUAACGGACCAAUGAAAUAUCACAGCAACAGCGUGAAGAAUCCCUCCAACCUUUACGAGUUUAGUUCAACGACACAAGCGGCUUUUGACCCGAUUGAUGCUGCACGGAAUUGGUGGGGCGUUGGGAUAGAGCCUUCGGUUGGUUCACGAAUUUAUGAGAAAGAGGACGACUACAGACUGGCCGCAGUGGAAUAUAAACCUUUCAAAAAGCUUCCGCCGAGAAACAUCUUAUCCAUUGGCUGUCCUGCUGACUGGCUGAACGUAGAAUCAAUGUGUUUUGUGUUUAGAGGUGGAAGUAGGACUCUAAACAAAGCUAGGGAUUAUUGCCAGUACUACGGAGGACAUGUGGCAUCGCCUUCUAUACCAGAUGAUAUGGAAUUUAUCAAUAUGGCGAUACAGGCAUCAAGACCAGAUGGAAAACCACCUGUACCUAUAUGGGUGACAACGGAAAAUGACUUGGAAGAGGAGAGCGGUGGCGAACGAACAAGUCCUCAGUGUACAGUGAUGACACACAACAGAAUUCAAAAAGUAGUCUCGUGCAACAGUCUUUAUCCUUUUGUCUGCACAAGAAUAGCUGUUAUCCGCUGUCCAAAUGGUUGUUUUCACAACGGCGACUGUGUUGGUGCCACAUGCUUCUGCUAUCGAGGCUGGACUGGACGCGACUGUUCUCAGUUUCACUGUAAUGACGUGCACAACUGCUCUGGCAAUGGGCAAUGUGUGGGACCAAAUGUGUGCAAAUGUACACCAGGAUUCAUUGGUCGAGGCUGUUCCUAUUCCUACUGUACCAAGUUUCACCGCUGUUCGACUUGUUCGCAGGACUCAGCAUGCGGCUGGUGCGACAGCUCACAACAAUGCAUGCCGGGUACCUCUGUUGGGCCUUACGCCAAGCAGUGUCCAGACUGGUUUUACUAUACUUGUUACACUAUUGGUAGCGUUAACCAUUGUUCCAACAAAAUACAGAGGGUCGACUGCACCAACAGACAUUGUAAUGCCACUCAAGAGACAACUACCUCAGAGUCAUGUCAGAAGUGUGAAGAUCUAGAGAAGUGCUAUAACUUUGUGGAAAAGGGCAGAUGCAGAGCGUGGAAUGAAACUCGUUGUCCUCAUGGCUUAGUACAAGUCGAUUACACAGAUCCAAACCGAAUAAACAACACCUUAAUCAAAAGCAAUGUCAAAGUCAUCGAUCCCAAGACCACCAUCAUCUACAGCUGUCCCGUCCUCCUUCCUUGUCAAGAUGAUGCAACGUCGGUGUUUGUCGCCCCUAGAGACCUGGGAAUCAAAGCUGGAGACGUGCUAUCUAGCGCACAAGCGGGCGGCGUGAUGCACAAAGUUAAUGACACAACAAACACAGGGCCUUACACGAUAAUAGUUGGAACACCUUCUAAGAUUGAGGACGUGAUUCAAUAUGCCGAUUUUACUCAGAAAGUUUCUGCCGUUGAACUGGUUGAUGACACAACGCUGGAUGAAGAAGCAAACUUAGAUGAUUUGUAUGGUCUCGUGGAUGGAAAUAUUAAGCUAAACAACACCGAUCUUCAUGUGUUACCAGCAGACACGUCAGUUUUCAAGUGCGUAGGACACAUUUACAAAGUGGACGAUGAUUUAGUGACCUCUCAGUUUCUGGUAAUACACAAAGAUCACGCCAUAAGUGUUAGACCAGGGGAUGUAGUGGUAUCUGCACAGAGUCAUGGAUUUAUAGAGAAGGUGGUUAGAGUCAACCAAACUUCAGAUAUGGUGUUCAUGGAAACAGAACUUGACAGGUGCACAGAGAACUCUACCUGGACACACAAGUUUAAGCCUCGUGUGCAAGGUUCACCAUCUGACAAUGAUAUGGUCUGUACCGGUGGUGAUAACAGUUAUGGAUUAAUAAUCACUGAACCUGACGGUGAACAACAGCAAAUAUCGGUUAACGAUUCCAUCAUCGGAAGAAGCAGUAACCCCUUUAUUGCAAAGGUGGUGGAAUCACAUGUUACCGGGGAAUUUAUCCUGAUUGAGGUUCUUCCAGUUCAGUCUAUUUUUAAUGGUACAGAUAAUACCAUCGUAAGUCUGGACCAACUGCACAAAGAACACAGAAGGCAUAAGAGGGAUAUAGACAAGGAGACAGUAAGAUUUAGGAAGACUCAUCGGGCGGAAAAUAAAUUAUCGAUUGCUGGUGGCAGGGGAUACAUCAAUGUCCAACAGACGUUCAAAAUGAAUGCGGACUUUAUUGUGUCCAUGGGAGUAUUCACUGACAGGAAUGAAAAUGGUGAACUUAUCAUCACGGACGCGUUGUUUGGUUUGGAGAUGAUAGGCGAAGUCAACUACGAUGUGGAUGUGCAGAUUGGAAUUGAAGUCAAUCGCGAAUAUACUGUGAAAAAGUGGAAAAUUCUUCGUCCAGUGCAGAUAGGACCAAACUUUUGCAUCCCCAUCACUGGUGUGUGCAUACCAUGUGCCUUCUUCCUGGAAGCAGACGCCAACGCAGUAGUAAAAGUUGUGGGAAAGGCUUAUGUUCCACUGUCGCUGAGGACCUCAGUUCGUUUAGGGAUGGGUGGAUUCUGCACCAGAAGAGGCGGAUGUAACACCAUCAGUCCUCUCUUCAAGUUUACUCGUCGUUUAACUAAAGACCGGGUUAAAGCAGAAUCCGAGAUAUCAACAGAAGUUCUGUUCACUCCUAAAUUGACAUUUAGACUUCCAUCUCUGCCAAGAAUUCUAAGAAACCUAGUGAAUAGGUUUAACAACCUUUGGAAAAAAGUCUUCAAAAAAUUCCUUGGUUACAGCCCUUGUGGUGGCUCACGUACCCGUGAUUUUUCAAUCCUUCGACUCAGUACCGAGGUUCCUUUUGGAAUAAAGGCUGCUGUCAAACCCUGCAGUGACAAGUGUAAAAGCGAAAGAAAGCCAUUCGAGCUCGCACUCAGUUUCGGAUUCUCGGAAGCUGUCGGACGACUGUCGAUUGGCUUCGGAGCAACGAGUUACGAGUUGGCUGCUUUGAGUCGAAAGUUGUACAGUGGAGGGUGGGAGCCGAGCUUUUGCCUUCCAUGCGAAAAUUCCAAGCCUGCAUGUGGAUGUCCAACAACGCCACCGCCAACGACAACAGAGCGAACAACAACUGAGCGAACCACAACAGUAAAAACAACGGCGGCGACUACAGAGCUUACUACCGGAAUUGCAACAACUGUCGCUACAACGGAGUUAACCACCGGGACUGCUACAACCGCAGGUACAACAGAACGGACAACUGUCACCGGGACAACCAAAGCGACAACUCCGCAUACCGGCGAAAGUACUACUCCAUACACUGAAACCACACCCGCUCCUACAACUCCCGGUACAACUCCACCACCGACCACCCCACCCCCGUGCGAAUGCGCUGAUGGAGAGACGGGGAUCCUUGAUGAAAAUGGAAAUUGUGACUGUCCACCGGAAUGCCCGAAAGGAAAAAAAGCUGUUAUUGUGAACAAUCGUUACGAAUGCCCGGAUCAUCCACCGUGUGGCGAACACCCGAACUGUGUUGUGGGACGGAAAGGACCCGGAUGUUCUCAACCCGACGUACAACCUUGCUCAGCGGACUGUUCUGGUAAUGGUGUGGCAGUAGCUGUGGGAGAUUGUGGGUCUCGCUGUGUUUGCUCGGUCAGGUGGACUGGAACUUGCUGCGAAACGAGGCGGCCGUGGAGGAACUCGGGCGAUCCUCAUCUGGAGACAUUAGAUGGAAUCGAAUACGAUUACUACGGUAUUGGUGAAUUUUGGGGUUGUAAAUCUCUCUUCAAUGACUUUGGAAUGCAGUUCCGUUACUUUGCUUACGAGCGCGCGUCAUUGACAGGAGGCGUGGCUGUCAAGGCGGGGCUGAGUGUACUGUCAGUCAUGACUGUCAACACGACUGACCCGAAAGAAUUUCCAAAACUACGAAUCGACGGACAGCUGGUGAACUUAACAGCUCGUGUUGGUCAGAAGAUGAAGCUUGAUAAUGGAACAGUCGUAAUGGAUAUACAAAAGACUUUCAGCUCACAAUCAGACGAGACAGGAGUCGUGCUCAUUUCGUUACAAUACGAGUCAGGUCUAACAAUAACAGCGGAUGUACGUCACAGUCACGUGAUGGGGCGUCAGUACCUGAAUGUGCUGUUUACACCGACAGCGGCGUUUAAAGGUCACACGGAGGGACUCUGUGGAGUCAUGGAUAAUGACCCGUCCAACGACUUAAAGGGCCCCGAUGAUGAACAGUAUAAAGAUCUUAUUCAGUUCGCCGAUUCCUGGCGUAUAACCGCUGUCCACAAUGACUCCGGCCUUAAAGGAUCAUGGUUGUGGAAUUCAUCCAACUUCCACAGUGAUGAUGUCAUGGACUCGUCAUACAAUGACCCUAACUAUGUUCCUCUGUAUUCUUUAGAUGGUAUUAGCGACGCCAUUGUCGAGAAAGCCACUGCAGCCUGCUCGGCUCUUGGACUUUCAGGCACAAUGCUGAAGAGCUGUAUCUAUGACGUAGCCGUGACAAAUGACACGUCACUGACUGCUCAAGAAACUCUGCAGCAAGGUUGCCCUGAUCAGUGUUCUGGGAAGGGAAGAUGUGCUAAUGCCACGUGUCAGUGUAUGAUUGGUUGGUUAGGUGACAGCUGUGAAAUUGGGAACUGCACAGCCUGUUCAACAGAACACGGGAAAUGUGUUAAAGGAUUUUGUGAAUGCGAAGACGGCUGGGAAGGUGCCACUUGUGAACAGAAAGCCACCUGCUACAACGUCAACAACUGCACAAGUCCCAUCAACGGGAUUUGUCAGAGGACAGAUCAAUGUCGCUGUCAUGACGGAUUCAUUGGUCGUGAUUGCAGUAUUAUUCCAACUUGCUCUAAUGUGUCUGAUUGCUCCGGACGAGGCAUCUGUAUUGAUUACGACGUAUGCAAAUGUGAUAAGGAGUGGACUGGUAAAGACUGCAGCCAGUUCUCUUGUGGAUCUCUAGACCAUUGCUCUGGUCAUGGACGCUGUGUAGCUUUCUACAAAUGUGACUGCGAUCCAGGCUGGGCUGGGGCCAGCUGCGCUCUCCCUGAUUGCGCAGACGUCAACCAAUGUUAUGGUCAAGGCGAGUGCGUGUCAAGGGAUACUUGCCGGUGUUACCCAGGAUUCCAAGGUGCCAACUGUAGUGAAGUAGCAGAUUGUGCGAGUCUUGGAAACUGUAGCGGAAAUGGAGUUUGUAUGCAAGAGAAACAAGGCGACGAUCUCACUUGCAGAUGUUAUGCUGGCUUUAGUGGUGUCAACUGCAGUCUUGCUUUGUGUCUUUCCGUGAACAAUUGUUCUGGAAAUGGUCAGUGUUUAGAAGCAGACCUCUGUAACUGCGAUGUGGGGUACACUGGUGCCGACUGCUCAAAUGUGUCCUGUGAAGGCGUUAAUUAUUGUUCAGGUCAUGGGGCUUGUACUGGCUAUGACACUUGCGCCUGCAAUCCUCUAUGGCAUGGUCCAGCAUGCAGUGUGGCCGAUUGUUCCAGUCUCAAUCAUUGUUCUAGCAAAGGCGAUUGUAUUUUACCAAAUACUUGUGAGUGUUAUCCCGGAUAUGAUGGUGCGGCGUGUAACACAACAGCUAAGCCGAACCUUCACGCUCCAGUUUUUGCUUCUGUGCUGUACAAUGCGACCGUGUUGGAAAACAGUCCCGUCGGAACGAAAAUUCUCCAAGUGCAAGCGAGCGAUGCCGACUCAGGACGAAAUGGACAGCUUUUGUUCUCGUUAGACAACGGCAAUGUGGCGAGUCCAUCUUUCACAAUCGAUAGCAUUUCGGGUGAAGUCUUCACCUCAUCGGCUUUGGAUUACGAGAGUUCAUCUCCGCACUUGUUUAAGCUGAAAAUCGUAGCUUCAGACAAUGGAACACCGCGCAAAUCAAGCUUCGCGUACUUGUACAUUAAUGUUCUUGAUGUAAAUGAUCACUGUCCGGUUUUCGACUCUUUCCACACAAAUAGGUUUAAUAUCUCACAGCAUACUCAUCCGGGAACACUUCUGACGGUGAUAUCCGCUUCUGAUAAAGACAGCGGGCUCAAUGGAGAAGUGAGGUAUGGCUUGUCAUACGCAAGCAAUCUUGACGGAGCAUUUCAAAUGGAGGAAAAUGGUGAACUGACAAUUGUUGGCGAACUAAAGGUGAAAGAGUAUCGGCUGGAGAUCGUUGCACGUGAUCUCGGCAAACCAUCGUGUUCCCGCCGAACUGAUGUGACGGUGAAUGUGUUUGGUGGGUCAGCGUUUACCGAAGGUCCAAGUGAGAUUUCAACAACAGAAAAUACUGAAGCUGAAAGCACUGUAAGCGUGUACACCAGAGCGAAAACCGAUGAGAUUCCAGUUUCUGUACCCACGAAGAGCUGGUACAAGAACCCAAUGAUAAUUAUGGGAAUUUCCAUGGCCGGUUUCUUCGUUCUCUGCAUCGUUCUACUUGUGAUCCUCGUUCUCCUGACCCGGAAGUGGAAACGGAGAAAUAAGGUAAAUGUCGACUCUCCUCUCUUCCGGAGUUCUAGACUCGCUGGUAUAACCGGAAGUGCGGCGAGCUCUCGUCCUUCAACGCCAGACUGUGACGUCAUCGAAGACUUGGAAAUGGAACAUUUAGAAAAUGUUUUACGUGGAAUUAAGACCACAGAGACAUUCGAGAUGAAACCCAUGCGUCAUUUAGACUUUUAAAACAAACAAGCAAAACAUUGUAUAUGGUUAGAACUUGUAGUUAAAGUUUCUAAAAAGGGUUUUGCUUAGUCGAAUUCUGUCUGUAAUCAUACCAGUGACUGAAUUAGAGUCCGCUCAGUCCUUUUGGUAUCACGUGAUUAUUAGAAAAGAAGUAAAUGAAAGCCCUAAGUACAAGUGCGUCAUGUGCUCAUCGCUAUGUUAAGCUAAUGAGAGAAUACAUAUUUCCUCGAAAUGUCAAAUUGUAAGCGUCAAUCAAGGGCUAAACGCUUCCCACAGAUUGCAAUCAGGAGGAAAGAGCGGCAUUCAGAUCUCGCUGUCAACGAAUCGAGCGAAGCUACUUGAUUUCCUGGUUCCUUUAUUAAGUUAAAAUAGAUAUCGUCCUUCUCGACAA